AUGUCUUACAUUGGAAAAGGCGAGCCGCCGCGAGUCGGAAAACAUAUUGGACUCUAUCUUCAACUUUUCCAACCUAAAUGUGGCAUCAAAUUUUGUGAGACAGAUCGCUACGAUCAACGACGUCGAGCAUUGGGUCCUUCACUUAACCCAUCGGCGAUCUCUAGUACACGCGCUUCGUCAUGCGCUGCUUCUGAAUCGGUUCUUUCUGGUAUGGAGAUGGGAAACACGUUUGAAGCCAACAACUUACACGAUUCUGCCUCAAACUCAAUUCCAGGUACUCCAUCUAAGAAACAACGUGGGCGUCAAUCACGUCAAUCAACUUCAGAUCCAUCAGCCUGUUCAUCAUCAUCCAAACAACGCAUCCAUCUCGCUGUCUUCGCCAGUCGCGAUUAUCUUGUCAAUGAUAUCGUGGUCGGUUGUGAAGGUUCUUUUGCAGACUUGACAGAAGAGGAAGAUCUUCGUCUACGUGGUCUUCAUCCACUUGAUGGACAUCCUGACUUCUCUCAUCUCGUCAACUCUCGUGGCAAAUUUCAAGUCUUCUGCGGUCCAGCUCGAUUUGUCAAUCACGAUUGUAGAAAUAAUGUAGUUUUGCUCAGAGAAGGCUUCACCAUCAAGUUUAAGGUUGUUCAACCGAUUCGAGCGGAUGAAGAAAUCGUGACGAGUUAUGGCGCUAAUUAUUUUGGUGAAGGAAACUGCGAGUGUAUGUGUGCGACAUGUGAACAGACUGGUCGUGGAUUUUACGCCGAAGAUCUCACAGCCUCCUCUCAGCAGCUUUCGCCGCUGUGUCCGCCUGUUAACGGAGUCACGUUUGACGAAUCUGAACUCAGCUCAGUUGAUGCGAUCAAUGGUGUCAAGGACGCGCUUUCUAGCCCGUUGAGUGUGAAGGAAGAGAGUGAUCGGACUCUGUCGCCUAUCUCGAGUGUGAAGGAAGAGAGUGAGCGGACCCUGUCGCCUAUCUCGACCGAGCAGGAACCUAGUCUAAGCCUGCUAGCAGAGUCUAGCAGCCUACAAAAUGAAAUUAUCCGGCCAGAAAGUGCAAUACGUCGAGGACGAGGAAGGCCUCCAUCAAAACGUACGGCUUUACAUCAGGCUCUCAGUAAACCAGCACCUACACCUGAGACUAGCCAGCCCAAGAAGCCCCCUACCAGUCCUUCUCGCUCAUCUUCUUUGCGACGUCAUCACUCAAGGGCUAGUUUAGUCAAAGCUUCUUUGGCAAGCUCUGUAGAACGGCCUGAUUUUGUAAGCAACGUGCGGUUUACGCGGACUACUGAUCUCACGCUCCCGGUCCUCAACAACCCUGGCACAUCUCAACUUGCGGAACCCUUUUAUGAGUCAGAAUGGAAUCACGAUCAAACCGCCGACAGCACUUCUACAUCGCUCUCAAUCUUAAGCACAGCUGAGCAAGAAGAAUGUGAAAAUCUUCACAACAAUCACGACGAGCUCAGUCAACCUGCUCAAGUAGCCAAUGUGACUUCUAAGCGAAAAACGUAUUGGAUCACUAGCAAACAACGUCAAUUAGGACUCCUUCCGUGGGAUUCUGAUCGAUCCCAGAAAUCCGAACAUCGAGCUAGUCUUGCUCAUGAUAACCCACGUCGUUACUCUUCUAUCACACCUUCUUUACUAGGACCUAGCGGUUCCCAACGUCGACAGACAACUUCUUUCCUUCCUGAUCACCAAUUGUCCCAAUCUGAACCUCCAUCAGGUGAAUUCAGGGACACCAAGAAACGUGCAUUUAGUAACAGUACUACAAGUCUUGAUGCACAUCUUCCCAAACGAAGCUAUUGGAUCUCAACGAAAGAAAAACAAUUAGGUAUCGUACCAUGGGAACCACCACCACCAGACGUAAAGGCCAAGAUUUCAGAACCACAACCAAGAAGAUCGACAAGAUCAGCUCAAAAAGCUAUUCAAGGGGUCCAACCUUUCAAAGGAUUACCUAGUGCACCACGUGGUAGUAGAUUAAGUUUUAGAGUGAUUGAGAGUGGAACACAAGAAGCUGAUUUACUUGGGAGUGCGAUUGGAAGGGAGUUAUUGGGAUUUAGACCUACUAAAUCGAAGAAGAAAGCUGAGGAGGAGCCUAAACAUACGACAAGCAAACCGAGUGAAAAUCAAGAGGGCGUAUCUCAUACUAGGGAUCAAGAUGAAGUAAAGACCCAAGGCACAAGUGACAAUACGGUGAGCUCUAGCGCGAAGAGAAGAAAGACCACAGUUUCGGGCUUUCCAUCAAGGCGUCGGCGAAAGUCUUCUUUGUUAGAAGGAUUAGGCUCAAGUGAUGAAGAGAAAGAAAUGAGGUCAAUAGAUGAUCAGCCAGGUGAUCUGAUUGAUGAAACAGAAGGAGAACAAACAAAUGAAGAAGGAAUGAAUGAAUAUGAUUUAGCAGGAAAGAUCUUAGGAUCAGUAAUAGCUAUUGGAUCAUGGAGUAAUCCAGAUUCAUAUCGAAUUCAAUCAAGUUGUAAAACGAAUGCAAACAAAUCAUCAUCUGAAGUAGUGAAGAAAAGUUCAAAUUCAAGAUCAUUAAAUUCAUCUAUAAAAGAUAUUACAAUAUUGAAUCAGUUGAACUUGAAAUCAAUGAGGUUUUAG